CCAUCCAGAUGGGCGGAGGGCUUGCCCAGGGAAAGGUUGGUACUUAGUCCUGCCGCAUCGCCUCAAGGCUCCCUCUUUGCGGACUUGCAACUGGCGCUGAAAAUUUUCCAUCUCUUCCCCGCUGCAGGCCUCACGCGUCCUUCGCUUUUCCAGAAUGGCGGCUGUAUCGGAUGACUUGAUCUGGUUGUUGGUCAAGAACAGUAACAGGUUUUUGGUGAAGAGAAAUGGAAACAACAACAACUCAGUGACCUUUAGCUCAGAGCCCAAUAACUUGUAUAAUCUGAACACCUUCAAGUACUCAGGGUUGGCGAACAAGAAGUCUGUGGCCAUCGCACCCGCCGAAGGUCUUUCGGUGGUCCUGACCACCACGAAGACCAAGAAAAGGAACCAGCCUGCCAAGCUGCGCCACAACUCUCUCUUGAAGAAGGAUUUCCGCAAGAUGGCUAAGACCGUGGUCAAUCAGGUUGCCUCUAAUGGCUACAGGGCUGAUUUGAAGUCCGCCGCAUUGGCCAGGUUGGCCGCUGUACAUAAGAGUCUCCGUGUGGCCAAGGCUGGUGCCACCAAGAAAAAGUCCAAGGCUAGAACAGCAGCAAAGAAGUAGACGAUGUAUUCUUUUUGGAAUAUAAUUUUAUUUCAAUAAUUGGACCCGGUGGGCAUUUUAUUUCUUCCCCGUA